GGAGCCCCUUGGCUCCCUCAGGAAACGGGCGGGCGGCGCAGGCCCCGAGAGACCCCCCCCCGUCUCCCUCUGAGGGGGCGCCGUCCGUGGGAGACGCCGGGGCGGGAACUGGCCUGGGACGCCUUUCCGGGGGGGGGACGACGACCCGCCUCCUCGGCUCACAGCCUGCGCUUCUCACCGCCCGACAACAGCCCCGCCAGGAUGAUUGAGGAGAGCGGGAAGAGGAGGAGAACGAUGGCGGAGAAGAGGCAGCUGUUUAUGGAAAUGAGGGCUCAGAACUUCGACGUCAUCAGAUUGUCAACGUAUCGGACUGCCUGCAAACUGAGAUUUGUGCAAAAAAGAUGUAAUCUUCACCUUGUGGAUAUCUGGAAUAUGAUUGAAGCCUUCCGAGAUAAUGGCCUUAACACAUUGGAUCACAACACGGAGAUCAAUGUGUCUCGAUUAGAAACCAUCAUUUCCUCCAUCUACUACCAGCUGAACAAACGCCUUCCUUCUACUCACCAGAUCAGCGUGGAGCAAUCCAUCAGCCUUCUCCUCAACUUCAUGAUAGCAGCAUAUGACAGUGAGGGCCACGGAAAGUUGACGGUGUUUUCCAUAAAAGCCAUGUUGGCAACCAUGUGCGGUGGGAAGAUUCUGGACAAGUUGAGAUAUAUCUUCUCUCAGAUGUCGGAUUCCAACGGCCUGAUGAUAUUUUCAAAGUUUGACCAGUUUCUGAGGGAGGUUCUCAAACUUCCCACAGCUGUGUUUGAAGGGCCUUCCUUUGGGUACACGGAAAACUCUGUGCGGACGUGUUUCUCCCAGCAGAAAAAGGUCAUGCUAAACAUGUUUUUAGACACGUUAAUGGCUGACCCGCCGCCCCAGUGCCUUGUGUGGCUACCUCUCCUGCACAGACUUGCCCACGUUGAAAAUGUCUUCCAUCCUGUGGAGUGUUCUUACUGCCGCUGUGAGAGCAUGAUGGGCUUCCGCUACCGGUGCCAGCAGUGCCACAACUACCAGCUCUGUCAAAACUGCUUUUGGCGCGGCCACGCAAGCGGCCCUCACAGCAACCAGCAUCAGAUGAAGGAGCACUCCUCUUGGAAAUCGCCUGCCAAGAAGCUGAGCCAUGCCAUUAGCAAAUCUCUUGGUUGUGUACCCAGUCGAGAGCCUCCUCACCCCGUGUACCCGGAGCAGCCAGAGAAGCCCCUUGACCUGGCCCACACAGGCCCUUCCCGGCCCCUCGCGAACAUGAAUGAUGCCAUGGUGACCCACAUGUCCUCCGGAGCCCCGACUCCAACGAAAAGGUUGCACUACAGCCCGGCCCCCUCCAAGCGGCUUAGGGAUGAGCAUGCCCUGAUCGCAGCCUAUGUGAGCCAGCUCCAGAGCGGUGCACGCAGCGUCCUGGACAGCCCCAGCAGGCUGGACGAGGAGCACCGACUCAUCGCCCGCUACGCUGCCAGGCUAGCUGCGGAAGCUGGAAACGUGCCACGCCCACCCACAGACCUGGGGUUCAACUUCGAUGCCAACAAGCAGCAGCGGCAGCUGAUAGCAGAGCUGGAGAACAAGAACAGAGAGAUUCUGCAAGAAAUUCAGCGGCUGCGGCUGGAGCACGAACAGGCCUCUCAGCCGACACCAGAGAAAGCCCAGCAGAAUCCGACGUUGCUGGCGGAACUGAGGCUAUUGCGGCAAAGGAAGGAUGAGCUGGAGCAGCGAAUGUCCGCCCUCCAGGAGAGCCGGCGGGAGCUGAUGGUGCAACUGGAAGGGCUUAUGAAGCUGCUCAAGGAAGAGGAGCAGAAGCAGGCAGCUCAGGCCGCAGGGUCUCCUCCGACCUCCCCCGGCCACGGGACGGGGCGCUCCAUGCCCAUGCCAGUCCGCUCCACCUCCGCCGGCUCCACCCCAACUCACGUGCCCCAAGAUUCCCUGGCGGGAGUCGGAGGAGACGUCCAGGAAGCAUUUGCACAAGGGACCCGGCGAAACCUCCGUAACGAUUUGCUGGUAGCAGCCGAUUCGAUCACGAACACAAUGUCAUCGUUGGUGAAGGAGCUUCAUUCGGGUGAGGAAGGAGGCGAGGAGGAGGAGGAAGACAAGAUCCAGAACGGGAAGGACCGAGGUUAAGCGGAAGACUCCGCCCUGGCCAGCCAUUCAGGUAAAGAGGCGCGAGCUCCUCUUCUCAAGACGUUUCCACAUCCUUCCGACGAGGCAUGUGCCAGCCGACACAUCUGCCAUUGUCAAGUCGCGAGGACUCGCAGGGAAGCCGCCUCUUUCCAACGGACCGCGUGGCAGCCUUCCUGGGGGGUGGGGAGGGCGGGGGCAUCUCCUUUGGUUUGCAUGUCCUGUUUCCAUCCGUCUCCCCCCCGUGCUUAAUUGGGCAGCACCUCAUCUCAAGUUUGGACGAGAAGACGUUGUCGAGAGCCGCUUCCAGGCAGAGACCGGCCAUGUCUCCCGCGAAGCAUCCUCUUCCCUCUCCAGCAGAGCGGUCGCCUCACCACCCACAGGCCACCCCCCGCGUGGUCUCCAGAAAAAGCAGACUUCUUAUUCCAUGUGGCCGAGUUUCCUUGUGCAAAGUGUGGGCGGAAUGCUCCGUUGCGGAAUGCGGAAGCCCUUCUGGCCUUCCCCACAUGCCAUGGAUGUCGGGUUCCCUGGGCCGUUGGCGGGUGCAGUUCACACAGGACAGGCUGGGAGGCAAGUGGGAUGGAUGGCUCCCUGGGAGGUGGGCAGUUCUGGCCCGCACGGCACAGCCCACACAAAGCCCACUGGGAUGAAUGUGCCAGCAUAGCCCCCCCCCCUUAUUUCAACAGUGGUUGCGCAGGGAGCAUCCUGGAGGAUUGUGCCGCAUGUUUGAGGGACGGGGUGGGCUGCCGUUUGGCUCUUCCCCCCGGAGUCCCCGAAGAUCUUGUGCCGGCUCCAGUGCCAAGAGGAGAGGAGUGGGGCGGAGGGAGACCCAGCCUCUGGAGGCCGCCCUGUGGGGAAGCUUCAGGUGGUGGGGCAGCAGCAGCAGCAGCAGCACAGCUCACUCAGUUGACUCGUAGCAUUGGAAGGGACCCACAAGGGGCAUCUAGUCCACCCCCUGAAUUGCAGAACUCAUAAAAAGCAGCUGGUCUUUGAACAAAGAAGAUCCUGGCCCACUUGGGUACUUGGCACCAGAAGCCAAUCUCUCUACUGCUGGCUUUGGGGUUUGGAAAGUGGCUCUUGGUGGAUGGGCCAAAGGCGUAAAUGGACGCGAGGGGGGGGGCAGCAAAGGAAGGCAGAGCAAUAAUCCAGUUGGCACAGAGUGAGCUGCCUGGUUGCCCUGGCUCUCUGGGGGUGGGGAAGAGGGUCCCUGCAUGUCUCUCCAUGUUCCAGAGAGAGAGGGAGAGAGAGGGGGGGGGGAACAGCCAUGUUUGCUGGUGAUACAGUCCAACCAAAAUAUUGUGAACGGGCUGUCAAGCAAGCAAAGGAGUGAUGAUAACCUGCUGGGUUCUUUGCGAGAAUCACAGAACUGUCGAGUUGGGAGGGCCCUCCAAAGGGCAUCUAGUGCAUCCCCCCCGCAGUGCAUCAAGUGCAGCUAAAGCAUCCCUGACCCAAAGGGCUCCUGGCCGUCCUUUGGUUUGGUGACGAGCCGCGUGUUGGUGACUCAGGCCGGUGAGGUGUCUGGGGAAGGAAGAGCUGCAAGGGAAACAUCUGGGCAAAGCACAAAUCCCGGUUGGUGGUGCCUCAGCGUUCGAACGAGGGGGGCUGGGCUUGAUCCGCCCCUUUGGGCUGGUUUGGGGGGGGCAGUUCUGCUUCUCUCCUCCCUGGGCAUUGGAAGUGGUGUCUCUGACUGCAGAGAACUGUCUAGGGCUACAUUUCUUUGGUUCUCGUUAAUGCACCAGAAAGGGGAUUCGGAGCAGGGUUUUUCCCCGGGGCAUUCAGACAUUUUGCCAAACACAGGAAAGGCCUUGCUUGGCUCAGACCAGACACCCUCCAUCUCACUCAGCAGCCACCCAGAGGCAAAAGACAGCAAAGGAAAUCCACCAGCCCCAUCCCUGGGCCUGCCACCUCCCCUCAUUUCAGCCAGAUUGUGCCCCUGCAAUAGCCUUCUCCAGACCCACUCCCACCUUUGGACUGGCCCCAGGAGGAGCCCCCUUCUCUGCCCCCCAUUACCCACUCCAAUACACUGGUCAGUGAUGCCCAGGGUGGCGACCAAGUCCCUGUCCCUCAACUCUCCCGGGACUUCCUCUUGCUGCCAGCCUGUGUGGAAAGUGACCUUCUAUGCUGUGCUCCUUGGUGCCCCCCCCCAAAAAAAAACUCUGCACAUUUUAGCCUACCAAGUGGUCUGGCAGACGCUUCAACAUACCAGAGCCUGCUCUUAGUCUUCCUGAGAGUGGCAGGAGAUGGAGAGGCAAUCAGUGGCCAUGGGGCUGCAGGCCCUCUCUGCCUCCCCAGCAGCCGCGGGCAAGGGGGCACGCUCCGAGGCCUUGGCUGGUCUCAGCCUGGCAGAAGCUCUGCGUGGGGCUGAGCCAGGGUUUCCCAGGGCUGCCUGCACAGCCUCUGCAUCUCUCGCUUCCCCUGUGACAGCAGCCGGGGCUGCUUCCGGUUGUGGAAAUCCCCCUGGCCGUGAGAAAAGGGGUCUGGGGAGGCGGGUGGGAGAAGGGGGCCGAGCCCUUCUCCCUGCAGGGGCCGUUGGGGAGAGGCCAGGAAGCUCCUGCAACCAUCUUCUGCCUGUCACAGGAGCCGGAGCUCUGCCAGAGCUCCCUUGUCAGGCUUGCUGGGGGCCCAGCACCGCCUCCUGCUCUGCCUGGACCUCUGAGGCUCCCCUGGUUUCUGCCUCUUCUCCAGGUGCAAAGCUGCUGCUCUUGCAGUUCAGGCAAAACAGCCUCCAGCUGCCGGGCUUCCAGCUUGGGCUAAAAGAGAGGGAUUUGUCCCAGCCUGCCGGACGUCCCCACACCCGCCUUGGGACACCAUCCUAAGAUUGUUAUUAAGAAUAACAGAACCGCAGGGCGGUGUACAAUAUAAAAACUCAAAAAUAUGUACCAUAGUAACAAGCAAAACCAAUGCACACACACACCAGUUUAAAAGGCCAUUGAUUGCUCCCUGCAGUCAAUAAAGAAUGCUUCCAAUUACCAGGAGGGGAGAGGGUUCUCCUACUCGCGAGUUUGUGGGUAUCUAGUUUGCCACUGUGAGCGCAAGAGGCUGGCCGGAUCCCUUUGGUCCAGCAGGCUCUCCUCGUGGUCUGAAAGUGGGGCUUGGACAUGCACCCUCUUUCCAAGGCACUCUUCACUUGCUGCUGUCCCGUCGGCCGGGGCCUCCUUUGCAGCUGCUCCCCGAGGGCUCCCGCUGUCCCUGUGAGGUGGCUGCCUCCACCACCCGGGACUGCAGGCCUCACCGCUGCAUUGCCAAGGCCUCCAUGCCUUACUGUGGCUCAGAGUGGGGGUCCCAGAAGGCUCUCUGCGGCUGGUGGGCUCCAACUGAGAGGGGGCAGGAUUGGUUUAUGGUGUUGGUGGCCAGGCUGGCCGGCCAUUAUGACCCCCGUCCUCCUGCUCCUUGCCUUUCAUUCCUCACAGCAACAGCGACUAGUUUUUCCUUAACCUCUGCAGGGCCACCUCUGGGCUCCUGGAAGCAACAGGGAAAGACUGGAUGAUAGAAUUGCAGGGUUGGGUCAUCUAGCCCUGCAAUGCCGGAAUCUGUUUGCCCAUUGUGAGGCUUGAACCCACAACCGUCAGAGUCUCAGGCUUUACAGACUGAGCUAUCCCAGGGAAGGUGCCACGUGGGUGAAGGGAAGGAGGGGCUGCUUGUGUUUUCGUUCCAGGUGGGUCAGUGGCUCCCCCAAUUCUCUUGCUACUGGGGAUCAGCAACAGAGCUGCUGUUUUUUUGUGGGGGGGGGGUCAGCUGCCUGUUCAUAUAUUCCCACAUCACGUCCCCCCAGAACUGCAGUUGGACUCUGUCUCUAGCGGCAUCUGUUGCCCCUGAAUCUGACCUUCCCUCAGAACAAGCAUCCAUGUGCAAGGUUACGUCCUGGAUCUUUUUGCGAAGCAGGGGUGGCAAAUUGCCAGCCCCCUCCCAAGCCCCUGGAGACCAGGGAUGGUGGGCUUUGGGUGGGCUCCUGGGGGAGAAAGCGAAGCGUCUGAGCAGGGACCCCCUUGCAGAUGCCUCCUGCGUUUUCAAAGUCACCCGGCAGCCAGGUGGAGAAGGCCUUGGCAGGCAGACUUGGCGCCUGUGCCAGCCCAGAGCCCCUGGUGGCAGCCGGCCCUUCGCCCGGGGGCUUUCAUCACAGUGACUCGAGGCCCAGGGAGCUUUGCCAAGUGCAAACAGGUGUGGGGAAGGUGACCGGAAAGGAAGUCGAGGCAGCGGGAGCUUAGAGGGCAGCAACUGUGCCAGGGCUCUGGGGCUGGGGUGGCCGAGAGGAGCUGCUGCUGCUGCUGUCAGUUGUGCAUGGACCCAGUUCCACCAGUCCAAGGUUGCCAGCUCCCAACCCCUCAGGCCUGCGCUCUGCAGAUACCUGGCUAGUGAAAAGGAACUGUCUCAUUUUGCAAAGCCUGACAGAGGCCUCUGGAUAUUAGUUGCUGGAAAUGGCAGGUGGGGAGAGGACGGGGUCCUGCUUGUGGGCAUCAGGUUGGCCACCGUGAGGGCCUGGGAAGUGGCUAUGAUGUUGGAGGGGAGAAUGUGGCCGGGUGUUUCUGUGGAGCUGCAGGAGAGGCAGUGGGAGGGAGACCAGAUGGGAGAGAGUUUCCUCCCAGGUGGGAAGCGGAGGCGAAUCAGCCGGAUGCCAAGUGGGGGCCAUGAUAAGUAGGAAGCGAUCAAGGGGGCCCAGGCCCCUGGUGCUUAAGGUGGGCAUGUGCCUGAUCUCAGGUGCUGCUUGCCACACUGGGUAGCCAGGGCUUGUGCCAUGCCGCUGGGGCCCCCCUGAGUUAGCCAGGCUGUGAGGGAGGGCUGUGCUGUUCAGGUCAUUGGGGAUCUGUGCCCUCCCAGAGCUCUGAGUCCUGGCACCUGCUUCCUGCCAGGGCCUCAGUUGUGAGCACAUUGGAGAGGCCAUGUGGGGAUCUGUGUUUUCCAGCCCAGGCUAGAUCUCAAGCGAUCGCUAGGACUGCAACAGACGACGGACGCUUCCUUGUCCGCACACCCGAAUCUGUCUGGGUGCUAGUUGACGGCCAGUGUGAGGACCCUUGUAAGAAUUCCAGUUUACAACCACUUCCCCGCUUCUCAUGUCUGUGUGUCUGCCUGCCUGUGUGCGCGUGGGAGCACACACUUGAAUGUACGAAUGUGAAUCCUGGGCAUGAGUGUUUUCAUUUUACACAAAAAAAAGGUUGAAAUACCUGGGAGAUUCUGUACAUGUUGGGAAGACGUCUAAUUGCAAGCUGUAAACUGGAAGCCACGUUCUCUCAUCUGCCAAAUAUUUAAUAAAACGAGUCCCGUCCAUCUCA